AUGGCGGAUAAGGAAAAGAAGAUAAAGAAGAAGAAGGCGCCAAAGGAAGAAGCGCCCGCAGAAGAGGCGCCAGCCGCAGCGCCUGCAGCUCCCGCCGCACCCGCUGCUGGUGACCGCCAGUCCUCGCGUGGCAGCCGCAAGGCCAAGCGCACCGGCUCCAAUGUCUUCUCUAUGUUCUCACAGAAGCAGGUCGCCGAAUUCAAAGAGGCCUUCCAGCUUAUGGACCACGACAAAGACGGUAUCAUCGGAAAGAACGACCUCCGCGCCACCUUCGACUCUCUCGGCAGGCUGGCCAGCGAGAAGGAGCUCGAUGACAUGGUCAACGAGGCUUCUGGCCCCAUCAACUUCACCCAACUUCUCACCCUCUUCGCUAACCGCAUGUCCGGUGGCUCUGACGAGGACGAUGUCGUCAUCAACGCCUUCAAGACCUUCGACGAGGAGGGUAAAAUCGACUCGGAAAGGUUGAGGCACGCGCUCAUGACCUGGGGCGACAAGUUCUCCUCCGACGAGGUUGACGAGGCCUACGACCAGAUGGAGAUCGACGACAAAGGCUUCAUCGACACCCAGAAACUCAUCACCAUGCUCACCGCCAGUGCUGAAGAAGAGGAGGGCGGCGAGGCCGCGUAG